GGUGGUUCCCUCCCUCCACAUCGAUUCAAAAAUUCGAAACAGCGCGUCGUCGUUGAAGCGCGGUGGUGGUGACUGAACUCUUCGGAGGAGCUGCAACUGCAACGCCUCAGAUUUAACACGCAGCGCCGUGCCGGUUUUGUCCCCAUUCUCAACAACAACAACUGGUAACGUAACGUAACGUAACGUAACGAACUGAACCUGUGUUCAAUUGAAGAGAAAAACAAUGGAUAGUGUGUCCGCCGCCGCGGAGUUGGAAGAUGUCAGAGCAGAGGUGGAGAAGCUUAGGGCGGAAUGCCGAGCCAAGACGAAGCUUCUGGAGAGUUUGAAGAAGGAUCGCGGUGAAGAGAUUGUCAAAUUUCAAGAAGCUACGAAGCUGGCUGAGAAACACGCGCGUGAGCUCGAUCGCAAGUCUGAGGAGAUUCAGGAAUUGAGGAAAAUUCAGGAGGAUCUCAAGUGUGAUUUGCAGGAAAAGGAAGCCUGCAUUGCGCAUUUGAGUUCGGAGAAUAGGAAGAUUCAAGGAAAUUGUGCUGAGAGGUUGGUAACAUUGGAGGGGAGUAACAGAAAGAUGGUGGUGGCAUUGGAUGAACUCACUGCUAGAAACAAUGAUCUGGAGCAGAAUGCUUGUGCUAGCAGUGGUGAAAUCUCGAGGCUCAAGGCGCUCUUAUUGGCAGCUGAGGAGAAGUGUUUGGAGGCGGAGGAGAAAGCGCGGCAAGCUGUGAUACUGAGAAGGAGAGAGGAUGUGAUACUGCAAUUGGAGGAAGAGAAUAUGAGUGUGCAAGAUAAGAUUAAAUGGAGAAAUGAACAGUUCAAGCAUCUUGAAGAAGCUCAUGAGCAGCUUCAAGUUCAGUUCCAAAAGAGCAAGGAGGAGUGGGAAAAGGAGAAGUCUGCACUGCUUGAUGAGAUGUCUUCCUUGCAGACCAGUUUGGAUUCUCAAACAAGGACUUUGGAGGGGCUUCAAUCGCGAUUGGAGAUGUGCAACCAUGCAUUGGCUCAUGAAGAAAGCAAGAGGAAACUCAUGGAGGCGGAAAUACGUGAAUUGAAGACUUGCUUUGAUGAUGUUUAUAGCCAAUGUGAGGAAAAAAAGACAGAGGUACAAGAGUUGACUGCUAUGAGGAAUGAUGAGAUAGCAAGCCUGAGGAACUCGCUUGGAGAGAAAGAGAUGCUGGUGCGAGAAUUGGAGCGGAAAAUUGUUCUCCUUGAACAAGAUAAUCAGGAACUGGGAGAUUCAGUUAAAGAACUUAGGGAGGCUCAAAUCCAAAAUGGUGGAGCAAAUUCUCUGACAUCGAAGCUUCGCAACAAGCUUAGGCGGUUGGAAGAGACUCAUAAAGGUUGUUCCUCAAUUCUCAAGUCUAAAGAGUCUCAAUGGGAUUCUCAAGUGGCAAAGAUGGAAGCAGAUAUUAUUGCUUACAAGUCUACACUGACCAAUAAAGAACAAGAAAUAAGGGAGCUUCAGAUGGAAUUGGAAACAUGUUACCAUGCCAUUGCAGAUAAUCAUAUGGAACUCUUGAUCUUUAAAUCAGAACUUGCAGAGGCUCACUCCAAAUCAUUCACUGCAGAAACUGAAAAUGCAGUUCGUUUCAAAGAGAAAGAAAAUAUGAUUCUAUUUUCUACAGAGCAAUUGAGAGUGAAAGACAAUUCUCUAACAACUACAGUGUGGCAACAUCUUCAAUUGGAGGAAGUGGUUGAACAACAAAAGAAAAUGCUUGAGGAAUCAUCUGCAGGUCAACUCAUCUUGAAAGAGCAACUCUUGCAGAUGGAAAGUACCCUACAGCAUGAAAGAAAUGCUGCGCUUGAGGCUCUAGAACGGCUAAAACUUGAAAUAGCCAAUAAAAAUGAUGAACUGUCUCGAUUAGAUUGUGAAGCACAAAGUUGGAAGUCUACUGCUGAAACCCUCAGAGGUUCCUAUGAAGAAAUUCAGGGGUCUUGUGAAAAGAUGGAAACUUCUCUACAAUCACAAAUUGAGAAUGAGCAAGCCCUUAAGCAGGAGAAUGAAAACCUUCUCUGCAUUGUCAAGGAUAAGGACAGGAAAAUUGAAGACCUUCAACGGCAGAUAUCUUCAUUGGAACUGUGCAAUGCUGAGAUAAUGAAGGAAGCAGAAAAAUGUAAGCAAGAGAAAGAUGGUCUUGUCCAAAUUGCAUUGGAGAAGGAUUGUUGCAUCAAAGAUCUUCAGAAAGAUAUAGCCAUUGCCGACUUGAAGCAAGAGUCGCUGAAAGAAAAGUUAGAAGAUGCCAUUGUGGCUAAAAUGGAUGCAGAAAAGGCGCUAAAGAAGGAGAAAGAGAUUCUGUUGAAGAUUAAAGACGAAAAUCAAACUCUAAAGCAUUUUCAGAAGCUAGCUACAACAAUGGAGCAUGAUUUGUCAGAUGCAAUGUAUUUCUCUUUCUCAAAUCAAGUUGAAAAGUUGGUCGAGGUUAGUGCGCUUAAUGAGGCCUUGAAGAAUGCAGAAUACCUGACAAAGCUAGAAAUUGAAGAGAAGACAGCUCUGAAGCAGGAGGAAGAGAACCUUUUGAAGAUUAAAGACGAAAGUCAAACUCUAAAGCACUUUCAGGAGCUAGCUACUACACUGGAGCAUGAUUUGUCAGAUGCAAUGUAUUUCUCUUUCUCAAAUCAAGUUGAAAAGUUGGUCGAGGUUAGUGCACUUAAUGAGGCAUUGAAGAAUGCAGAAUACCUGACAAAGCUAGAAAUUGAAGAGAAGAAUAUAAGAAUAGCAAGAUCAGAACUGGAAAUUGACAACUUGAAAAAAAAGUUAGAAGAAGCAAUUAUGGCACAAAUGGAUGCAGAAAAGGCUCUGAAGCAGGAGGAAGAGAACCUUAUGAAGAUUAAAGACAAAAAUCAAACUCUAAAGCACUUUCAAGUGCUAGCUACAACAAUGGAGCAUGAUUUGUCAGAUGCAAUGUAUUUCUCUUUCUCAAAUCAAGUUGAAAAGUUGAUCGAGGUUAGUGCGCUUAAUGAGGCCUUGAAGAAUGCAGAAUACCUGACAAAAUUAGAAAUUGAAGAGAAGAAUAUGAGAAUAGUGAAAUCAGAACUGGAAAUUAACAGUUUGCUUGACAAUCUUGCGCACACCAAGGAAUCAUUCUUCCAUUUGAAACACGAAGCAGAACAGCUUCAAACAUCAUUGGAAGCUAUGAAGUUUGAAACUGAAAAAUUGACAGAUAAACAGCAGACCAUGGAAUACAUGAUUACAGAGCUCAACUCUGAGAAAGAAAGUUUGCUCCAAGACAUCAAGAAACUUUCAGGCGAAAGGGAAGGGAUGUUGGCAUAUAUUGAAGACUUAUGUGACAGAAUUGGAGAGUUGUCUAGUGGGGAUAUGCAAUUGAUGGAGAGGCUGGGGAAGAUAUUAAACACUUCUGUAGAUGAAAAUGAAACAGCAAUGGAUUCAGUGAUUGGUGAUCAUGAUUGUCCUAGAGAUAAUGCAAACAGUCUUCUCUUUCCGACUACAAAUAAAAAAUUUGAAGAAAGUUUUGGUGAACGGUCACCAUUGGCAGAGGUUAACAGUUUGCAUAUGUAAACCAGGGAAGAAAUUUGUGUCCUUGCUGAAGAAAAUGCCACAAGGUAUACCAAGUUCAGAAAUAAGUGCCUCUUCACAUUGACAUGUUUGUUGUAAUAAUGCUUUUUUCUUAGUCUCAUUGUUUUCUUUUAGCAAAACCUUUUCACCAUGGUGCAACAGGUUUAGAGUUUCCUACUGUAUGACUGCGAGUUUGUAGAUUUGAAGUUUUAAAAUCAGUCUCUUGCAAAUUUUAAGAAAAUGCUGUCUGCAAUAGAUCCAUUGUGGUGCUGUAGUGUAGUGGAAACAUUGUACUACCCAAAUUGACCUUUUAGCAAAAAUCUUUUACUUGUCAUCCUGUCAAGAAUAUAAGGCCCAUUUCCCAUCCUUUUAUGACACUUUUGAGGAAUAGAGGUUAACAUUGAAAACAGGAUUAACUGAACUUCCUCCACAAAACUCCUAUAACUGAUUUGCGUCAAAAGUUGUUGCUAUUUUCUUAAAGGAAAACUGGUUCUUAAGAAUUAAUGUAACUUCUAAUGAUUAGUAGGGCCAGACUUCUGUUUCC